AUGUCGUUCCAAGACCGCGCCCAGCACCAAAUCUCGCAGCUCGACAAGGAGCUGUCGAAGUAUCCGGCCCUCAACAACUUGGAGAAGCAGACCUCCGUCCCGAAGGUUUAUGUCGUGCUUGGUCUUGGAGCUCUCUACUUCUUCAUGAUCUUCUUCAACAUUGGUGGAGAGUUCCUUGUCAACACUGCUGGCUUCCUUAUUCCGGCCUAUUACUCGCUGGACGCCUUAUUCAGUUCAAGCAGGACCGAUGAUACUCAGUGGUUGACGUACUGGGUUGUUUAUGCUUUCCUAACUGUGUUCGAGAGCGCGGUUAACGCCGUCUACUGGUUCCCCUUCUACUACACCUUCAAGUUCAUCCUUGUGCUCUGGAUGGCGCUUCCCCAGACCGGCGGCGCCCAGAUCGUCUUCCGCUCGUUCCUCCAGCCGGUCUUCUCCCGCUACUUUUCCGGCAGCGGCUCUACCUCCGCGAACCUUCGCUCACAAGCCGACCAGGCUGCUCAGAAGCCGCAUGCUACGUAA